AUGUUUCCAAUUUCUUCCUUAUUCUAUCUAUCUAUCUAUCUAUCUAUCUAUCUAUCUAUCUAUUUCUCUCUCUCCCUCUCUCUCUCUCUCUCUCUCUCCUCUUCCUCUCUAUCUCUCUAUCUCCCAGCCCUUAUUGCUCUCCCAUUCCCAUCUUUUUACUUCCCAGCUUCUAUUCAUAUCUCCCAUUUUCUCUUUAUCUUUUUUACUUCCUGCCUCAAUCUCUCUUUUUCUCCAUAUAUUUUCACCUCCCAGACUCUAAUUUUCUCUCUCUCUCUCUCUCUUACCUUCCAGCCUCUAAUUUUCUCUCUCUUUUUCUCCUUAUCUUUUUACUUCUCAGCCUCUUUUUCACUUUUUUACUCCCAGCCUCUUUCUCUGUUUUUCUUCAUGUUUUUACCUCCUAACACUUAUCUCUUUCUCAUGUUUUUACUUCCCAGCCUUUACCCAUAUCUUUCUCAUUUUCUCCAUAUCUUUUUAUUCCCAGCCUCAAGCUGUCUCUCUCUUUUUCUGAUUAUAUUUUUACUUCAUAUCAUCUCUAUCUCUUGUUUUCUGCAUUUUAUCUCCAAGCCCCUAAUUUUCCCUUUCUCUCCUUAUUUUUUUUACUUCCCAGCCUCUACUAACCCUCUGUCUUUUUCUCAUUAUCUUUUCAUUUCCUUACCUCUAACUUUCUCUGUUUUUUUCUGCUUAUCUUUUUACCUUUCUGCCUCUUUCUCUUUUUCUCUCUCACUCCCAUUUAAUCUCCUAAUACCUUUCUAUCUUUUUUACUUUAAUCACUGUAAUUUCAAUUCUUAG